AUGGCCAACCCACGAGCUUAUUUCGACUUGGGCUCUUUCCACAGAAAGAUUACAACAACCAGUCAUGAAGCUCAAAUAUGGUUCAACCGUGGCCUCGUCUGGUCAUAUGGCUUCAACCAUGGAGAGGCAGCCAACUGCUUCAACAAGGCGAUUGCGGAGGAUCCUGCCUGCGGCAUGGCAUACUGGGGACUCGCAUAUGCCCUAGGUCCCAACUAUAAUAAGCCGUGGCAAGCAUUUGAUGAAGAAGAACUGAAAACAGCUGUUGAAAAGACUCGUCGAGCAGCUCAAGAUGCGAAAGCCCAUAUGGGCACUGCGACACCGGUCGAAAAGGCGUUGAUCGACGCGAUCCGGCUUCGAUACCCCGAAGGCCAGCCAUCAAAGGACUGUUCCGGAUGGAAUUCCGGUUAUUCGCAGGCAAUGCGCACCGUUUAUUACGCUUUUCAAGACGACCUAGACGUGGUAACGCUAUACGCGGAUGCACUGAUGAAUGAGACACCAUGGGAAUUGUGGGAUUUGAAGACAGGAAAACCAGCUGAAAAUGCGCAUACAUUGGAAAUUAAAUCUAUCCUUGAUCGUGCUCUUACUCGAGAUGAUGCACGUCGUCAUCCGGGUUUAUUGCACCUCUAUAUUCACCUCAUGGAAAUGUCUAGCACCCCAGAACUCGCCUUAAAUGCAGCAGACCAUCUCCGAGGACUCGUCCCUGACGCCGGACAUCUUCACCAUAUGCCAACUCAUCUAGAUAUUCUCUGCGGUGAUUAUCGACGGGCGAUUGCUUCCAACUCUGAGGCCAUUCGAGCAGACGAACGCUUCGUUGCUCGUGUAGGACCGGUCAAUUUCUAUACCCUCUACCGAGCGCACAACUAUCACUUUCGCAUAUAUGCCGCCAUGUUUGCCGGGCAGUCCAAGGUAGCUCUGGAUACGGUCUCGCAAUUGGAAUCGUCUAUCCCGGAGGAAUUGUUGCGCAUUGAAUCCCCGCCGAUGGCAGACUGGUUGGAAGGAUUCCUGGCGAUGCGCGUGCAUGUCCUUAUUCGAUUUGGACUAUGGAAUGACAUUUUGGAUAUUUCCUUACCGUCUGAUCAGAAACUAUACUGUGUUAGCACGGCAAUGAUCCACUAUGCCAAAGGCGUUUCACUGGCAGCGACAGGAAGGGUGAAAGAGGCAGAAACAGAACGAACUCUUUUCCAUCAAGCACUGAAAUCAGUACCAGCAAGUCGCACACUAUUCAACAAUAAAUGCGUCGAUAUCCUCGCCAUCGCCAACUCCAUGUUGGAUGGAGAACUCGAAUACCGUCGGGGAAAUAUCAAUGCAGCGUUCAAUCAUCUCCGGAAGUCCAUAUCAUUAGACGACAAUCUACCAUAUGACGAGCCUUGGGGAUGGAUGCAACCAACACGGCAUGCGUAUGCGGCACUUCUACUUGAGCAAGGUCAGAUAGAGGAUGCAGCAGCCGUGUAUAGUGCUGAUCUGGGAAUGGAUGAUACAUUGCCUCGUUCGCUGCAGCAUCCGAAUAAUGUCUGGGCACUCCACGGGUACCAUGAGUGUCUACUGCGACUCGACCGAAAAGCAGAAGCGCAAAUUGUGAACCAGCAAUUGAAGCUGGCGAUGGCGACAGCCGACGUCCCGGUCAAAUCAUCAUGUUUCUGCCGACGAUGUUGA